CUUGUUCGAUGUAGUGUUCUCACAUGUUUAUAUACAGCAGCCUGGGGGGGGUUAAGUGGAACUUCACAUUUCGGAUUGAACUACAACUACCGAAGUUACGAUCGACUGAUUAGUUUGAAACUUCCGGGUUAUACGUGCUUGAGUUCCCCGCCUUUUGAGUAAGCAGUGGUAGGCUUAGGACGUCGCCCUCACAAUAACACCGCAAACGGUUAUCAAUUUGACGCUGUAAAACAGAUUUGUGAGGGACCUUUCUUGAAUAUGGAGCUUACUGUUCCCUGCUACUAACUUUAUAUCAACCAACAGGCAGCCAUGUUGUUACCCUCCGACGUCGCCCGGCUUGUUUUGGGGUACCUCCAAGAAGAGGGAUUGUCCGCUACAAGCCAAGCUUUCAUUCACGAGAGCCCAAACCUGAAGGAGUAUGCGGAUCACACCUUGGGAGAUGGAGCUAUUCCUGCGUGUGUGUUUUCUGUCUUCGGCAAAGGCCUAACAACCAUCCUAAAUGAGUAUAUGGCCACUAAAACGAAAGAGUCUUGUCAUGAGGUUCCAGCUGUGAUGACCUCUUUGUGGAAAAAACUGGAUUUUACACUCAACCAGAUCAAGUCGUUGCAAAACGCCCCCGCUAUAUCAGCAGCAUGUCAGAGAACACGUUCACGCAUUGGUGUAGCAAACCUAACUAGACAGCGGGUCUUGACUGUGGCUUCAUCCGGUGCUCUCGUCUGCUCAUCACUUUCUGAAACGAGCUCCAUUGUCAGCCCUGCAAACACCUCUCACAGCAUGCUCGGCCACUCCACCCCUGUGAGCUACGCUGCCCCGCAAGCCCGACCAGCUAUCGGCAGUGGAACACCCCAACAGAUCCAGGAUGUCAGACUAAAUACGCCCAGGGACUCACCUAUACCAGUGAUUGUUUCAGAACAUAGGCUAAAUCCAGGCCCAAUGUCUCCUGGACGGCGGAAAUGGGACACCCCUAGGAAAAGAGGUGGUGCCACAACUGGCAGUAACCUCAUUGCAGAGCCCCAACUUGAGGAAGCGGGCGAUGAGAACUUUCCUCAACUUGUGAUCCAAAAUGCACGUGACAGGAUUUUGGGGGACAGGUCAUUACAGGAGAAGCUUGCUGAAAACAUCAACAAAAUCCUCGCCAGUGAUCCAGUGCCCCAAACAUCAAAGGUCUCUUCGAGUACAGUGGAGGCGGACCAGUCUAUCGAUGAAAUCUUAGGAUUACAGGGGGAAAUCCAUAUGAGUGACGAUGCUAUCCACGACAUUUUGGAGCAAACAGAGUCUGACCCAGCUUUUCAGGCCCUUUAUGACCUCUUUGAUUACAAUAAAACUAAAUUCCCUGAUGGAGAAACAGGUGAUGGAGAUAUUGGUGGCUGUCCAGAAGAGAGUGAUGCAGCUGGACCCUCAUCUGCAGUCAGACCCCUUCAGAGUGAUGAUCCAGGCACUACACACAAAGAUGCUAAUGCUUCGGAUGCAACAUCAAUGCCAGCGAGACCUGGACAAGAACGCAAGACCAGAAAAUCUACUGCUCCCACCUUAUUAAAGAAAACUUUUCUCUGCCCUGGUGGCAGAGCAUCCAGAAUUGAAAAUAGUGCAGCCAGGUUGUUAGUGAGUCAGGGAGAGCAACGAGGUGCUUCAUCUGCUGCAGUGGACUCUUGCAGAAAAGGAAAAGCCUCUCCCUUCACUAACAGUGUAUUUGAUACACCAAUGGAUAUUGAUGAACCGUUAAAUACACCUCCCCCCCCUGUAGACAGUAUGGAGAGUAUGGAGCUUACCUCAAAGGGCGGCACCUCCACAACCACAGUUCCCUUGUCUGGAGCAUUUUUGUUGCCAGCCUCUAAUGUGGACAAUAAAUGUGAGCUUAAACAAGCAGAAGGAUCUAAAAAACAACCUGCUUCAGCCCCGUUAACUCCGUUUAACCAGCCUGCUUUGAUGUCUUCUGUACAAACUGAACAGAGCAAUACUCCAACAGCAACAGCUGAUUUACCUCAAAUGUCAAUUGCAAGCAGUGGAGGAAGCACUCAACCAGUUUUUACUCUCUCAGUAACACCUGAUUCUGCCUCUUCAACAUCUGAUUCCACUGCCACACCAGCCACAGCGACAUCUGGCUCUGUUUCUACUUCUGCCAUGCUUACAGCUUCCGCCUCAUCCGUAUCCACCUCACCCGCAUCAUCCUCCUCUUGUGGCCCAGUUGAUUCAGCACCUGAUCAUCCAACCACGAGUCCCCCAACCCCGAGCAAGUCUGCAGCUGAUUCCAAUAUAGUUUCUUUGAAGAUCAUCAUCAGUGAUAACCAGGAUGAGGGUUCUUCCAGUGACCUGGCCUUGACUCAGGCGAUUUCAAGCAUUUCUGGAGACAAGAUCCCCACCAUCUAUCUUUCCUCUCCAGCUAAAUCACCUGUAGCCCCAGGCACACCAAAGGCUAAUUUGGACGAGGCAGCACAGGCAGUUAGUGGACUACAAAGCUCUGAGGUACAUGCAAGUCCUCUCUGCAGCAGGGCUGGGGCUUUGUUGGCAUCUCCAUUGACAGGGACAUCACAGGUCCCCCAAAACUACAUAAUCCAACUCCCCCUGGACACUAAUACCCCUGCCCUCCAAGGAGCUACAGCCAGCUAUUUCCUUGUGACUGAUCCUACCACCACAGAUGCUCAAACCAGACAAGUGCUGCUGUCUACUGGUGUCUCAAAGGGACAGCCUAUGUCUGUCAACCAGUUUGGGGUGGCCACACCAACUAGCUCCCAAGGCUACUCCACAGGGUCAACACUUAUCUUACCAUCACCUGUUAAGCCCAUGAUGCUUCCAGUUUCUGUUGUUGGGCAGAAUACAUUGGGGAAGUUCCAGAUGGUGUCCAAUCAGCUUGUUGCCAUACCAAAGGCAGUAUCAGUACAGCAGUCGGAAACUGUGAAGCCCAAAUCUCCCACGGUGGCAGUCAAUUGGUCUAAGCCGGCUGGCACUGAGCAUCUGAGUAAGUUGGUUCAGCCUGUGUCUGCUGACAAAACAGGCCAGCAGGAUGCAGCAAAUGGUCCUAAACAUAAGAGAAUUUUAUGUUUUGAAUCUUCUGCAGAAGUUCAGAAGCAAACUCCGAAAACAACAAGAGCCGCCUUACCUCCAGCAACAAAUACAUCUACAUCACGGUCUGUCCACCGGACUGAGAAAGAUAAUACACAGCCAGCCACUCAAACAAGGCCUAAUAUCCUGGGUGGCAACAAGCCCAAGAGGAGAGUACAGACCGUCAAAUGCUCAGCAGAUCCCCAGUUUGACGGAGGCUUCAUGAAGGAGGCAGUAAAGUCCACACCUCCACAGCAGCACCAGAAAGAUCCUGUUAAGAAGAACCCUCGUAAACAAGAUCAUGGCAUCCAUAACAAAGAGUCUCAAAGUGCAAGUACCAGCAGGGAGGAUGCCUCACAGCCGGAGGCUUUGAAAAAGUCACAAUCAGGUCAUCCAUCAAAAUCUGUUGAGAGGAAGCCCAGUCAUGAUAAGGAAGGUGAUAGAGUGAAAGCUAAAGAUUCUCAUAGUUCUCGCUCAUUGUCCUCUGAUUCUGCACUGAAAUCAGGAACUAGGAAGGAGAAAGAUGAGAGUAGCAGGAAAGAGCCUGCAGAAAAAGCUCCUGCCAAAUCACGUGAGGGGCGUUCAGAGAAGAGGACUCCUUCUCAAGAGACACCAAAUGUGACCGCUAACAAGGAGAAUGAAAUCAAAGGUAGCGUUCCAGAGCAGUCAACACCUUCAUCUUCAGCAUCAAGAGAAUUCAGCCCUCCAGCUGCCACCCAGCCUACAUCGAAUCCUCAGUCCAAGGCUACAAAAGCCCCCUCAAAGACCAGCUCUCUGGCCAAACAGGCAGCUGAGAUGCUGCACGACAUCCAGGGUCUCAGCUCUCCUCCCUCUUCAGCCAAAAAACCUGUAGUGGUCACUGCAGAACCUGGGUCCGGACAUGACCAGGAGCAGUCCGCGGACUGCCCCAGGACUCCCUGCCGACAGAAGAAGGGUAAAGAAGGAGAGGGGACUCCCAAGCAUCCGAAGCACCCCAAUACCCCAGAUGUCCCAAACUGCAGCCCAGCCAGUGAGGCUGGCAGUGAAAACAGCAUCAACAUGGCAGCUCACACACUCAUGAUUCUUUCUCGUGCUGCCAUUGCCAGAACAGGCACUCCACUGAAAGACAGUUUACGACAGGAGGGAGUGGGAGAAAUGUCAUCCGCAGGCUCUAAGAACUCUAAGAAACGCAAACUGUCUUCUCCUAAAGCCAGCCCACCUGCAAAGAAAGACCGGGAAAGGAAGAAACUGAUGGAUUGCUUUCCCCAUGACUUGGAUGUGGAUAAAUUCCUGUCUUCACUUCACUAUGAUGAGUGAAAUCUGACACACCAACAGUAAAAGGACAACGAUAUCACUACCUGCUUCGGUUACUGUCCAGGAAUGGAACAAGCCAUCUGCUUAACCUGUGCCUCUGUUUCCUUUUAGUAACCUUGCCUGAGACCUUAUAAGCUGUAAUGUCUCCCUCAGCCAAUGAGAGACUUUGAUUUAAUUGUCUGCUUUCAAGUGUGGGUGAUUUGCAUAAAAUCCUGUUAGAUGCAGCAGAGGUAAGGCAACCACGGCACUUUGUUGUAUUCUUUUUAAUUCUUAUGCUCACUUCUGUGUUAAUCAUCAUUGUUUGUACCUUUUAACUUAAUGGGUCCAUUAUGUGAAAGUGGGUGACUCAAAGCAUUUCCUUGGUCAAUAUUUGACUCUAGUUGGAUAAAUCCAGCGGACACUGAGAGUUUGUUGUGUAAAAAUACCUUUUGGAAUAUGCCUCUACCAGUCAUUCUAGUCACACUAAAUGAAGAGGUCUCAUUGGUUGAAAUCCAGUUGAUUGAUUGAUUAAUAAAAAAAGAAGUAACGUGAACAUUAUAAUUUGUGGCAUAAAUGUGUAUAGUUUUUUUUAUGUAGAAUCAGACACAACAUUAAAAUGGCUGCAUUGUUCAGAAAUGUAAAUUGAGGCUUUAUUCAACAUUUUAAUAAAACAACGAAACAGUCUUGUGUAUUUCA